CACACACACACACACAGAGUAUUUGGCAGGUGGAGGCCAAACUGGGCACAGUGUGUUACUUGACUCACUGUGGUUAAAAUAUCUGGUCUGUAACUCCGCCCUCUCUGGACAACAUACCACUAUACUUCGGACAAAGUAACUAGUGUGCUUGGACUAAUCGAACUCUUAUAGGUUUGGAACUACUUGGCAAAUAGAGAGGUCAUCAAAGUGCUUGGGAACUAAAUUUCUCACUGCAUGUUUUGGCUCUAGACGCUUCUGAAAUCUGCUUUGUCAUGGUGCGACCCCUGUUGUCUGCUUGGCUGGCUUUUGGACUUGCCAGAAAGGCAGCCUUCCCACAUUCCCAGUACUGCCCAGUUUCCUGCUAUAGCACCACUUCAUCAGAUCAGAAAACUCCAUCUUUCAGUUAUGUGAUUGUGGGGGCAGGUUCAGCUGGAUGUGUGCUGGCCAACCGCUUAUCAGAGAACACAUCUGAGUCUGUCCUCCUCUUGGAGGCAGGGCCCAAAGACUUGCUGUUUGGGUGUACCCGUCUGUCAUGGAAGAUUCACAUGCCUGCAGCACUGACCUACAACCUCUGUGAUGACAAAUACAAUUGGUUCUAUCACACACUGCCACAGGCUGGAAUGGAUGGCCGGGUCUUGUACUGGCCUCGCGGCCGUGUCUGGGGUGGCUCGUCCUCGCUCAAUGCCAUGGUCUAUAUCCGUGGGCAUGCCGAGGACUACAACCGCUGGCACAAAGAAGGUGCUGAGGGCUGGGACUAUGAGCAUUGCCUCCCAUACUUCAGGAAAGCUCAGACACAUGAAUUGGGAGCGGAUCGAUACCGGGGUGGUAGUGGACCCCUGCAUGUUUCUAGAGGCAAAACCAAUCACGUGCUUCACCAUGCUUUUAUUGAGGCUGCUCAACAAGCUGGUUACCCCUUCACCAAGGACAUGAAUGGAUAUCAGCAGGAAGGUGUUGGCUGGAUGGAUAUGACCAUUCACAAAGGCAAGAGAUGGAGCACAGCAAGUGCAUAUUUGUGGCCUGCUCUCUCUAGAAACAACCUGAAGGCAGAAGUCAGAUGCUUGACCACACGGAUCCUUUUUGAUGGGACACGAGCAGUAGGGGUGGAGUACCAACAGAAUGGUCAGUCGAAGAAGGUAUUUGCUGACAAGGAGGUCAUUGUCAGUGGUGGAGCCAUUAACUCCCCACAGCUGCUGAUGUUGUCUGGGGUGGGAAAUGCUGAUGAUUUGCGCAAACUGGAAAUCCCUAUCGUGCAGCAUCUCCCAGGUGUGGGAAGUAAUCUCCAGGAUCAUUUAGAGCUGUAUGUUCAACAGAAGUGCACUAAGCCAAUCACUCUAUACAAAGCUCAGAAACCGCUCCAAAUGGUUCAGAUCGGCCUGGAGUGGCUUCUGCGCUUCACAGGUUAUGGUGCUACAGCUCAUCUGGAGAGCGGUGGUUUUAUUCGCAGUCAUGCUGGCGUCACUCAUCCUGACAUCCAGUUUCACUUUCUGCCAUCUCAGGUUAUUGACCAUGGCCGCGUCAUGCCUAAGGUCGAGGCUUACCAGGUACACGUCGGACCAAUGAGGAGUACGAGUGUUGGCUGGUUAAAACUCAAGAGUAGGAAUCCUCUUGAUCACCCUUGGAUUGAACCCAAAUACCUCUCAACUGACAUUGAUAUUUGUGAGUUUCGGGAGUGUGUAAAGCGGUCACGUGAAAUCUUCGCCCAGCCGGCUUUUGAGCCGUUCCGGGGUGUUGAGCUGCAGCCUGGCAUCUCUGUCCAGUCUGAUGCGGAGAUUGACGCCUUUGUGAGGCAGAAAGCAGACAGCGCCUAUCAUCCGUCUUGCACCUGUAAGAUGGGCCAAGCCUCGGACCCGAUGGCUGUUGUGGACCCUGAGACGCGUGUGCAUGGCCUGCAAAGACUCAGAGUGGUGGAUGCCUCAAUCAUGCCUAGUAUAGUCAGUGGCAACCUGAACGCCCCAACUAUCAUGAUUGCUGAGAAAGCCGCCGAUGCGAUCAAGGGACUUCCCUCACUCCAAGAUAAGGGUGUCCCUGUUUAUAAGCCAGCCAGCCUGGAAACGCAGAGAUGAGUGAUCCUGCUGAAAUAAAAAGGAGGAUGUGGAGGAAUGUAUGUGAGUACAGGCUAGGGGACAUAAUGCUGUAACAGGAUGAGGGAAUCUAAAAAAAACAGUUAACCUGCUAGUAUACUAAAAAAAUUAUGUCUGGGGACACAUGCUGUGACGUAGAAACAAGUUAAUUUAAAAAUAAAUUCUGUAUUGCUUUGAUAAACUACUGCAGGCUAAGAGUGAGCCAUCUAAUUCUGUUUUUAAUAAAUAUUAGCUUUUUUUAAAAAAGAUUAAAAUCUUUAAUAUAUGUACAAUCACUACAGUCUUACAGCACAAUUCAGUUAUUGCACUGUAAUAACAGAAUUGUGCCUCAGGGGUCACUUUCUGAGCAUGAACUUGAACGUCUUAUUUAAUUGAUUUUGUAAAAAUAAUUUAAAUUAGGGAACUUUUUAAUUAAUUCAGUUAACUGGUAUGAUGGUUCAUAAUUGUUCACUAUGCGGCUUUGGUGGACAUUCACACCUGGUUUGUUUGCAGAGUCCAAAUUUCUGAUUUAUGUUUGAUUUGGUUUCACACUUCUCAUAAGUUAAUGAAUCAAAAAGCAGAGAAAACUUCGGAACUGAAGUCCAUAUAGGGCUGAAAACAUAUGCAUUAAACUGCUCUAUUUCUUUCAAUAGUCAAAUAAUUUGCUGACUCCAGUGUUUGAUUCAAAUGGACUAAACACUACAUAUGUGAAAGCAUACAGAAUGUCUUAUUGCCCAGUCCUGUUAGGAAUCACAUUGUUGUACACAGUGUGGAUCUGGGAUUGAAGUUGUGAUUUGUCUAUUAAUAGGGGGAGGGGGGUUGGUUUAUCAUUUGCACAACAGUAAUUAUGGGAGUCUAUAUGCAGUUAUAUAGCUCUGCAUCUGUACCACACAAAGCACAUGUAGCAUUUAUAUUCAGUUCAGUGGAAUGAAAUGUGGAGGUUGUGAAGGCAAUGCAAACUUGGUCACACUUCUCUUUCUUUACAAGUCUAAUUGUGAGGUCUUGGUCACUACCAUAGCACUGAGUAUUUUUAAACAGUUUAUUUGAUUAGAAAAUAAUCCAAGCCAAGAACAAGAGAGAAAAGCUGUACAAAAACAGAUUGUCCAUCGAUACAAAACUGGCAAUUCUGGGCAAUGAGCUACAGGCAGAUCUCAGAAUACUUUAAAUAAAUAGUUAUUGAACAAAUGGUACAAUGUCAUGUACACAAAAUCACUAUAUGAAAAUAAACUGUUUUAAUUCAAACCUUUA